GUGAAGCAUUUGGGGCAGGGAACCAGUCUAGACAUAGGGGCACCUGCUUCAUCCGGGCACUUCGUCAACAUCGCUGCAACAAGAUGGCGGUACAAGGCGACAAGAAGCUCUCUGAGUUGCGUGUUGUUGAUUUACGUCAGGAAUUAGAGACACGUGGUUUAGACAAGGCUGGUGUGAAAGCUGUAUUACACGAAAGGCUUGCAAAGGCACUAGAGGACGAAGGGCAUGACCCAGAUGAGUACACAUUUGCAGUCUCGGAUGCUACACCCAAAAAGGCAGAAGAAAAGAAAAGUACUCGAUUAAAAGAAAAACCAAAGGGAGAGGAAGGAGAGGAAGAGGAUGAUGAAGAAGAAUUUUUUGAAGAGGACAUUGAGGGUGAACCGGAUGAAAGUGAGGACAUUCUGGAUGAUGUUAUCCUGGACCUUGGCGAGGAUGCUGAAGCAGAGGAAAUGGGUACCGGUGAAGAGGAUGCGUUUGAGGUUGAUGUUUCAGAGGUUGAUGAAGAGGAAGCCCCUCAAGAUGAUGAAGAAAUGGAAAUGGAUGUUGGUGAGGAGGAUGGUUUAGUUGACUUGGGUGAGGAACUUGAAGGGGACGGAGAGAUGCCAGCUGAAGGUGGCGAAGAAGAUGCUGACCCUGAAGAAGACGCUUAUCCUGAAGAAGACGCUGAGAUGGAGACAGAGAUUAUAGACGAGACGGAGCCAGAGGAACCAGAGACUGUUGAGGAACUGACUGAGGUUGUGACUGUUCCUGAAGUCACCCCAGUUCCUGUUCCCACCCCUACUAAGUCGACUUCACCAGUAAAGACCAAGGCUGCCACGCCAGCAGCUAAAUCAACACCUGCGCCAAAAGCAGCUGCUGCAAAAACUGCUCCCAAAGUUACUCCUCCCAAGACAGCACCUGCCAAGAUAGCACCUGCCAAGACAGCACCUGUGAAAACACCUGUGAAACAGGCAGCUGCAAAAUCCCCUGCAGCAAAGCCAGCAGCCACACCUAAGAGUGCUGCAGCAGCAGCAGCAGCAGCACCACCAGCACCAACAUCAACUCCAGCCAAAACUACGACCCCUGCAAAGACACAGGCUGCACAGAAAGCUCCAGUGAAGACUGCCACCCGAUCUUCCUCACCAAGAGUAGCAGCAGCAGCAAAGGCAGCAUCAACUGCACCUGGAAAAACUGCAGAAACGCCACCAGCAGCAGCAGCAACAACAGCAACAAAGACAGUAACAGCUAAGACAGUAACAGCUAAGACAGUAACAGUGAAGACAGCAACAGCAAAGACAGCAACAGCAAAGACGGCAACAGUCAAGACAGCAACAGCAAAGAAGGAUGUUCCAAAGGAUCAAGUCACCCUGUUUGAACCAACAGAUGAUUCCUUUGAUGUGAGUGUUGAUGACACUCAGGUGAAUGAGAUUGAUGCCGAUCUGAAGGAUGACAAAGGAGAAGAGAAACCUGUCGGAGCUGACGCCACAGCAACAUCUGAGGAGGACAAGGGAGGUGACUGCGAGACGAUCAAAGUGAAAACUGAGGAAAAAAGCAUGAUAGCUGAAGAGGACAUAAAAAAAGAGAAAAAAGAAGAUGCAAAACCUGCCAAGAGCUCUGAAGGCAAGGACAGCAAGGAGAAGGACACGAAGGGCAGCCAGCAUAGUCGCAACCUGUGGGUGAGUGGCCUGUCCUCUUCUACUAGAGCUACGGACCUCAAGUCACUUUUCAGCAAAUAUGGAAAGGUUAUUGGAGCUAAGGUUGUGACCAAUGCUCGCAGUCCAGGGUCACGAUGCUAUGGGUUUGUGACGAUGUCAUCAGCGGAAGAGGCCUCCAAGUGCAUUCAGCACUUACAUCGGACCGAACUACACGGGAAGAUGAUAUCGGUGGAAAAGGCAAAGAAUGAACCAGGUGGGCCCAGUAAGGCAGCUUUAGCACAGAAACCUGAAGACAAGAAGCCAUCUGACAAGAAGGAAGGGGAAAAGAAAGAUGGGGAGAAGAAAGUGGAGAAGAAAGAUGACAGGAAGCCUGUGACCCGGGAUAAUCGGUCCAAUAGACGUCCAGCCGGAAGGUCUCCUCGCCAUGACGACCGCGUUAGGAGAGAUGCUAGACACCCAGAGAAGAAGCAGGAUGAUAAACGAUCGACAGAUACUAAGAGAGCUUCAACAACAUCACCGAAAUCAGCAGAGAAGCAGAAACCCGAAGAGAAGACAGAAGGAGAGGUGAAGAAAGAGGAAGAUGGAGAAAAGGAGGAGAAGAAAUCUGAAUCGGGCAAAUCCCAGUCCAAGAAUUCUAAAGAUUACAUACUUUCAUUUGAAGAAAUCAAGACUGAGAGGGAAAAAGAACGCCUCCGUAUAAAAGAAAAUGCCCUUCGUGGUGAGGAGCAAAGGAGACUGUCGGAACUUGAGAGACAACGUUCAAGACAAAAGCAGAUUCAUAUGCGUCAACGAGAAGAAGCAAUGCGACUUGAACGAGAGAAACUGAAACUGAGACAAGAGCGGGAAAGGCUUGAGCGAGACCGCAUGGAAACAGAGAGACUACUCCUGGAACGAGAAAGACUGGAGAGGCAGAGAAUCGAACAACUUCGACUGGAGCAACGCAGACUGGAGGAGCAGGUCAGAGCAGCAAAAAGACCAUUUGAAAAACUUGCCAGUCGUCACGACGAUGACUACUGGAGUGGACCCAUUAAACGACCUACAUCUGAUCGAUACGAUAAUUAUGGUGAUUCGAGACGAGAUAAUCGCUUUGACCGGAGUGACAAUGGCGACAGGAAAGUGGAGCGAUAUGAUAGGCGUGAUAAUCGUAAUACUGAUACUCGUGGUUCUAACAGAGGACGCAUGGAAGACCGAAAUGAUCGUCGAGAAGACAGACGCGGAGACAGCUUUGCAGAUACUCAGAGAAACACAAGAGACGAUAGACGAGAUACGCGGACACAUUCCCGUCAGGAAGAUAACAGACGAGACUUCAACAGAAGUCGAGAUGAUGACCGACGGACCGCGAGGUCACCUCAGCGGCAUGAUUCCCGGAAUGACUGGAAAUCAGAUAGAGACACACGCUUGGUGGUGGCGAGUGGACGGGACACCUGGCAGGGUCAAAGUGGCUCUGGGGUGCAAGAUGACAGGCGUGGCAAAAGUUAUAAUUCUGGAUCGGGUAUGAUGUCAAACGGUGCUAAUUCAAAUCAACGUCAGGUGUGGGGAAAUAACAGCGACCGUAGCAAGAUAGACCCGUCAUGGGGCCAUGGUGUUAUGGACAACUCUGCGACUCGGGGAGGCGGCGGCAGUGGCGGUGGCAGCGGCGGCGGCGACCGAUGGAUGGGCGGAGUCACGGGUACACACAGUGACCGAGGAGGAGGAGGAGGGUUCAACAUGGGGGGGAGUGGGGGACUGAUCAACAACAUGGGGGGAACAGGACUGUACAUGGCUGCUGCCCCACAAAACACAAACCUCAUGAUGAUGGGGGGCAUAACAAGACAACCAGAGGCCCGCUAUUUGCAACAAGGAACGGUGCGCAGAUUCUAGAUGGAAAGUUGUUGUAUGGAUGUUGGUCACUAUGUGUUACUGCAGUGUUCAGGUUGUGCUCAUGUACGAUAAAUUGCAUUUUCAAAUGUGUGAUCCAUUGAAUUCCUUGGCCUGAAUUUUGUCCGUUUAAAAAUUGAUGAUGUGACCAGUGUGAAUCACAUGGAAAAUAACUUGAGGGGUAGACAGGAAAUAUGGGGCUGCUUCUUGCAGGAAGUGUUGAGUGUUCUCCUGGUCUUGUACACAUUGUUUGAUACUUCAUGUGUUUACGCCAGCUAAACAACGAUGGGCUUGGAAACCUGUCAUUUGGUUUAAGAUACAUAUUUCAUUUUAUGAUUAAUGUUUGAAAAAGCUGAGAAACAUGCAGGUGUUGUCGAAACGUAAUAUUCAUCAGAACCACUAAGUCGAUGCACCUGCAUUCUAUGGGACAAAAGUUUAUAUUUUCUAUCCAAUAAUUUCUAGUCGUUUGUACAAGAUAUUAACAGCUUUUAUAUCCAGCCAAGUCAGCAUUUGUACAUUUCCAUGUCCAUCCACAGCUGUGUCAACAACACGUCACAUCACAUCAUUUUUGUCCAUCUGCAAGUCAAGUCAUAUUUUAUUAAUGUUAUGCAUGUUACCAUGACUCCUCCCUUGGGUGACAAAUUUUAUGUUGUUAGAAGCUUGUCAGAUCAGCUUAUUUCCAAUCAUUGACACCCACUCAUUGUAUUUCCUUGUUUGUUGGUGUGUGUUGGGUGGGGGUGGGGUACAAAGGAAUCGUACAUAUCUCCACUUCACUCAGUCAUUAUAUGGUAAAGAAAAAGCUGUUCGGUCAUCAAUGACUUGCUUUUGUUAUAAUAUUACUGUGUAGGAUAAACACCCCUCUUCUGCUUGAGAUUGUAAGACCAUGAGUGAGGACAGAAAGUUGAGACAAAACAGUCGCACUUUACCGCAACUUUUUCCCUUGGGUCUUACUAUCCACAGCAUAACAGAGGAGUUUUUUGUGUGACUUCAAUAACGAUAAAUAACAAUCAAAUAUUUCCGAAUAAAAUAAGAAAAUAUGUCAAAUAGAACAAAUAUAAGUAUCUUCUUUGGACUUAGACAGACUUGGUAUUUUUAUGACAUUAUUCAGUUGCGAUUGCACAUUUCAGUUUAUGAUCAAUUUAUAUGGUAUAUAAUAAAACAACUUUAUUCAA